AACUUUUCCUUGCCUUUCUUCACGGUUCACGUCAUGGAGCCUCAGCACUGCAUCGUUUAUUAACAGCUAACUCGUUUCCUCCUGGCUCGGCCACGUCAAUCGCGCUUACCAUGCAGGAACAACAGAGCACUUUCACCAUCGUUACCUUCAUUAAUCUCCACGACGCGAAGCAUAACAUGUGUCCUUUCGCCACUGCGAGCUCUCGUUGUUCGGUCUCGAGUCUGACUGGCGCUACGUUGCCAGAACCACGCAAAUCACAUCUUCGUAUCGGUGUAACAACCCCAUCGAAUCGCCUCGGACGCAGCUCUAAUCACGCGGCCCGUCAAGCGUUGCUUACUCGCCUAGUCGUCUACACUACCCCACCAAACUUUCCGGUGAAGAGACGCACCACAUCGAGCAGCGCAAUACUCUCAACAAGUCUGGCCAGAACCAGAGCAAAUGAUGUGCAUCUGAAUGCGACCAAUGCCCCAACCUGCACCUUCCACGGCACCUCGAUCGCGAACGUCACACGCACGAUGACCGUUAUCGUAUCCGAGGUGGCCGCUGCCGCGCUCCUCUCAUCAUGUCGUGAUCGACCGUCGUCAUGGCACGGACUCUAUACACAAAGUACAGCGUCUUGAAUUUUCGUCGUUGCUAGAUCAAGCUCCACGCAGUCGUGGUAAAACACACCACCACCACCAUCAAAACUCCCAUGUAGUGCAUCCUGCUCACCUUUGUCAUUCGCUGGUGCCAUUGCUGUAAGACGAAAUGGUGCAGUGGUCCCUCUCUGAAAAGGUGACCGCUCGUCCAAUGCACCUACACCACCACACAUGACGUUGACUCUUGUACUACUGUGGCCCCCUCUCAACCCACGUCUGCGCCAUGGAUAUGCCGUGAUGCUUGACGAUUGCCACUCAGAACACAUUCGCUUCGGCUCAGUUGCAGCACUCUGCGCGACCCAGUCAGUGCCGAACACCAGGUUAUGAACAGCGCUCG